UGCUGGUAACGUUUAAACAGCGCUGCGGGUGAUUUUUCCAAGUUAACGGCUCUGCAUUGGCAUUUUAUUCACACCCACUAAAUAAAAAAAGCGUUUUUCCAAUAGUGUUUCAUGUUCAAAAGUUUAAUAGAAAUCGAAUUAUAAUAUAUAUAAAAUAACAUAAAAAGAUAUUCCGUAAAGAAAAAAAUUCUAGAAAUGCUUUGUGUUUUGUUUUGUAUUUUGUGAUUAUCGAGGGUAAACAUCAAAUUAAAGUGGAAAGUGAAAUUUGUUUAUUGAAAGGUAAAAAACAAUAAACUAAGAAAAUUUUGUGCCAAAAGCAUAAACGACCAGUCAUAAAAAAGAAUUAUAGAGCAUACAAAUGCCACAGUAACGACAACGGUAAAAUCAACACUGGUAACAACUGUAGCAGCUGUCAAAACGUUUGCAACGCUGAACCUGUGAAAAAACAGCACCAACAACAACAAUCAAGCGCUAUUUGAGCGCGCAAUUCGAAUGGCCGCUGCAACGCCAUAAAACAAGCAAAGCAACAAAAUAAAAGGUUAACUAAUAACUAAUUACAACAAAAAAUAAAAAGUGCAACAAAUUAAAGGUAAUGUUACUCUACAGCUGCAACUCGCCACGGUCCCAACUUUGUUUCGUUCGUCUAUAAACUCUUUUGCCAACUUUGGGCUAACAAUUUUUUCCUGGUCUUUGCUACCGCCAAAGGCGCAAUCAACUACGAGCUCAAGCAAUUGCCAGUGAGGGCAACACUUUGUAGAAAUAAGGGUGUUGAACGUUGCCGUUCAAAAACACAACACAACGCAACCCAUAACAAAUAACAAACAACAGCAAGCAGCAACUGCGGAUCGCAAAUAACACACUACGCCUGCCUGCCUGCCUCGUUGAGAGCGCGCCAACGCGCAAGUAAUAACAACAAUGACAACAACAAUACAAGCUGACAUCAAUACAAACACCACAACCGCCAACGAAGUUGCUGGUCACGUUGCAACCGCCAGCGGCACUGGCACCGACACCGGCAACAUUGCUGGUGCUGAUGUUGACAAUGGCCUGGGCUCACCGCUGACACCGUCCCAUAGAAACUCGAAUAGUCACACAAACAACACCAAUCAUUUCUACAGCAAUUCAUCGAAUUCAAAUUCAAAUAUUGGCAAUAAUGGCAGCACUACAGCAACAAAUAACAAUCAGCGUGCUAUGAAUGAAUCGAACAAACGCAAAAAGCUUAAAUCACGCACGGCAACUGUACCGAGUGGCGGUCAGGGUCACGGCCAUGGUGAUGGUUAUAUGAAGGACCACUUGGACGCUUGGCUGGAGACAUGCCUCAAGGAUGCCUCCAAUACGCAGCUAUCUUCCUCCUCUGAAUUUUUAGAUUAUAAUCCAACACCAACAGGAACUGGCGGUGGUGGCGGUGUUGGUGUUGCAGAUCGUGGUAAUGUGACGAAUCCACAAAAAUUCAUACAACAACAAAUGCAACAGCGACAUCAGCACCAACAUAGCCAGCAACAGCAACACCAGCAACAGAAUCAGGCAUAUUUAUCCAAUAACAGUUUGAACAACGCAAACCAACAGUCGCAGUUUUCUUAUGCACAACAACAACACUCCACGCAGCAGCAGCAACACCAACAUUCCCGUCAACAACAAUUCGGGUUGCCGGCUGGCCCAAUGCCGUUUUCCAGCGGCUACUCGGGCGCUGGCAGUGGACCCUUCAGCCAAGGCUUUCAACGAAAUGUGCCAAAUUACGUGAAACACUCCCAAUACAACAACCGGUAUGCCAUGAUGUUCCCGCAUAGUGGCAUGGGACCUGCACCCGGCGGUUACUAUCAACAAAGCGAUGGACAAGAUUUUGCCAGUCUACCGCCCAUUGUGAAUAUGAUGGGUGGUUCGUCGGAGAUGGAGAAUAACUCAACAGAUGUGCUCGAUGGUAGCGGCAGUAAUCCCAACAUUAGUCGCGGCUUCCGCUUCAGCGACCCUUGUCUGUUAAAUCCAUCCGAUAAUGAUUCCAAAGUGAGUGGCCAAAAUACGCCCGAUCGGCGCAAUCAGAUGCCCAGCGACUUGGAGAAUAAUAAAUUCUUCGCUGCAUUGAUGGAACAAAUCAAUUUAUUACAUGAAACGAAUACGAAAAUUUGUCGAAAUCUACACGAAACAAAGGUUGAUAUUGAAGCUUUAAAGCACGCACCCAAUUGGGGUUUGAGACACCGUAGAGAUAGCUUGAGUGGAUUAAGUACACACAGUCAGCCCAUGGUAUUUGGCGGUGGAUUUGGUGGUAUGCAAAGUCCAGCGCCAACGUAUCAUUCAGGCGCCUACACGCCCGGCAUGAUGACUGAUGUGGUGCGCGAAGUGAAGGAAGCAGCACGCGUGCGCGAAGAUGCGCUACUAAAUCGGGUAAAAGCGAUGGUCGAGGAACGCCAGUGGUCAUUUAAUGAGAGCAACUUACGCAUGAUGCGCGACAUUGAAGAUCUGAAGUCUCAAGUUCAUCAUUUGCGCGCCGAUCGCAAGGAGUCCAACAAACGUAUCACACAUCUCGAGGCGGAGAACAAAUAUAUGCGCCAAAUGCUGACGAGCCUCUUCAAUCAGCGCAACACACCCGAUGUGAUUUAUGAGAAUGAAACACUGCGCACACAACGCAAAUCCUUCCCCACAGCCUCAACACGACGCUCACAAUCGAUGAAUCUUCACUACGGCACCAUACACCAUCAACCGCCAACCGCAGCGCUGACAGUGGAUGAGCAGGGUGAGCGCUUGCAUAUCGUCGAAACGCCCGGAACUUGUGCCGCAGAUAUGGUGACCGUAAGUGAUAGGCGUGCAGCAGCAGAAUUGCGCAGCUCAUUCUCCAGUUCGGAUGGUGGCGGUAGCGUAGGAGCGGGUAGUGGUGUUGGUGGUGGUGGUGGUGGUGUUAGCGUUGGUGUACGUAACAAUGGUGCCAGUGGAAUAGGCAUUUGUACAGUAACACCUUUGCCCAAUGGUAAUGCCGCCGCAGCGUCUAAUCAGCAACAAAUCAUGUCACCGCCUAAUUUCGCAUUGAUAUCAACGCCAACCGAGAAGGAGGAGGAGGAGGUGAAACAACGAAGAAAGAAGGGCAGAAGGGUGCCAAAUGUUGUUGGUGGUUCGAAGCGAAAUGGCGAAACUACUACAGGCGAUGUUGUACAGCCUGUUGAUGCAGUUGAUGGUGAUAAAGAUGUUGACGGUCAGAGCAAUUUGUCGACGCAGGAGCUACAGCAGGAACUACAGGAUGCGGUAGCAGCUCGUAAGGAGGCCGAUAUUCGUGUUAUUGCGCUUGAGAAUAUGGUAAGAACACAACGCUUGAAUUCCAUCCAAGCCAAUUCCGCUACGACCAACAAUACAAGUACAUCCAUCCAUCCAUCUGGGUCGGUUGCAUAUAGCCUAACAAACGGUACUGCUACUGCUACUGGUACUGGUACUGGAGCAAGUGUUGGUGAAGGUUUUGGUAUUGUAAAUCGUUUUGUUGGCGGCGCAUAUAAUAUUAACCCUUGCACCACUACCACCACUACCACUCUUAUCUCUCCACCAUCAUCAUCUACGUUGAUUAUACAGCCUCAGCAGAAACAACAUAAGGCCCAUACGAUCGUCUCGGUCAACAGCGUUGGUAGUGUAGCACAGACGCCAACCAAACUAAGCGUUGCUGGACCCAUAACCGAUUUAUAGUUCUAGCUAAUGGCUACACAGCGGCGAGUUCGUGUCACGCAUUUUUGACUUCAGCGCCCCAAGGCAAGACACGCGUCACGUUAUUUUAGCAGCGCCAAAAGAGGGGUGGACCAGUUUGCAGAAAUUAGAAGCGCGCACGAUGAAAGCAUUUACGUGAAUAAAUACAUAUACGUAUGCAUACACAGAUACAUACAUACAUAUGUAUAUAGGAAAUUUGGCAGAAUACGAUACUCGAAAUGUGCUCGAAACAAUGAAGUGUUGACUUCGAUAACGAACGUCCUUUACGAUCCGAACCGCUACGAUAUUUGCUUUUAUUAUUUAAAAUUUUAUACGAUAAUUAUAUUUGUAAUUGUUAUUAACACUUGUUAACGCAUUCGUAUUUGCAUUUUGUAUGUGUUAGUGAAUAUUUACAUACAUACAUACACACAUAUAAUCCCAUUCAAACGUACAUACAUACAUAUGCGCAGAUGUAGCUCGUAUUAUAGCAACUUCGUUUUCAUAUUUGAAAAUCGUCCCUAAUGUUUAACUCUAUACAACUAAUUUGUCCGUAGUUUUUUACUAAAAAUUAACGAGGGUCAGUAUAUGCAUGGAUACAGUAUUGUGCAUGAACUAAGCAAGUUAUUUCCAAUUCUAAAGGGAAUCCAAUUCCUGGCUGUAAUCCAAUCAUUUGGAUUGUUUUUCAGCUCACAAUAUUCAACUAGUGUUGGACGCUUACUGGAAGUGGAUAAUUGAGUAAAUGAUUGUGAAGAAUCUAUUAUAGAAAUUAAAUUAAAUACUAAUCAGCCAUCAAAUUGGGUGCCCAAAACGGAAGCCACUUUUGAUUAUUUGAAUUUAAUUAAUUUAAAUUUUUGAACUCUCUAAUUUUGGCCACAAUUCUUGCUGAAUUGCAAUUUUUGUUAUUAAGUCAGUCUAAACCAUUCUUUUUCUUCUUCUUGAUUGAGGUGAUAACCGCUUAAGCGAUUUUGGGCGAGUUUAACAAAGCGCGCCAGUCGUUUC